AUGAAGAGGCAAGGCGCUCCAGGGCAGGCCUACAGCCGCCCUACAUGGACAGCCGGCGACGAGGCCCAGGAUGGGGACAGCUCGGUGUCAUCGGGCCGCCUGUCCGGCUCCUCGGGGGGCCACAAGCCGUGUGCACCCACCCACAGGCCCUGGAAGGAGAGGCCCCCUCUGGUGCUGGGGUCCCCACGGCAGCACGGGGAGAGCAACCCCCGGCUGGAGCGGCUGAGGGAGAAGAUCCGGGCGCAGGCGCGUUGGCAGGCCAGCUGUGCCUCCCUGGGCACCUCGAUGCCCUCCAGCGCCUCUCGCCUCCUCCGAGCCUCCCCGCUGGCCCCCCGGAGGAAGGUCAGAAAGCUGAAGAAGGCCCCUGCGGCCCCGGCCUGCCCAGGCUUCGACAACCCGAGUGCAGCUGGGCGUGCCAUCCAAGACAAGGCCAUCCCUGGCCAGGAGCAUGUGUCCUCCAGGGGCUCCCAGCGCCGGGCCUCUGCUCCACGGGAGAAACACAGAAGCAUGAAGAGUAGUUCUUGCAAAAAAGAGAAGGCCCCCCGGUCAUCCCCCAGAAGAGCUGCCAAAAACCAUGGUGAGGCUG